CAAGCGAUGGCGACGAGCAUCAAGUCGAGCAAGACCAAACCGUCCCUGGACGUCUACAAACAGAGUUUUCGAGAGUAUCUGCGCGAGACUGAUGCCGUGAAGGACGAGACGGAGCUGGAGAAGCUCAUGAAGCUGCUACACGAACCUCUGCCCGUGUCUUUUCGACUCAAUCUGCACCGACCUGAUGCCUCAAGGCUGAAGGAGCGGCUGGCCACCAAGCUCCAGUUCCCAAGUGACAAGUAUUUCCACGGAGAAAUCCCCGUGAACCCGCCCAAGUACGUAACAACACUGCAAUUUUCAACGUUUUGUUAGUGUUAGCUAAAUAUUCUUUUGUGUAAUUCCAGGCUGAUCGCAUGGUAUCCACUGGAAAAUGUGGCGUGGCAAAUGGACUGCGGACGUGUGGCGCUCUCUAAAAGUGCUCCGAAGCACGAGGAUGUUCGUGCGUUCCAUUCGUGUUUGCUGGAGCAGACGGACCGUGGCAAUAUCGACCGUCAGGAGGCCGUGAGCAUGCUGCCGGUGCUGUUUCUGGACGUGCAGCGUGGCCACCGUGUGCUUGAUAUGUGUGCUUCGCCCGGUUCAAAGACGACACAAGUUAUUGACUUUUUACUCUCGACUGAGAGCGAUAACAGUGCAGAGCAGAGCGGUCUGGUGAUUGCCAACGAUCUGGACAAGAAGAGAGCGUACAUGCUGGUGCAUCGUCUUUCCCGUAAUACUCUACGUCGCGCAGUGGUGACGUGUGGUGCUGGCGACACGUUCCCAGGUCUGUAUGAUGCAGAGACGAAGACUUUACAGCCUACCAACGUCUUCGAUCGAGUAUUGUGUGACGUUCCUUGCAGUGGUGACGGUACUCUACGCAAGAACCAGGCGUUGUGGAAAGACUGGCACAUUGGUCAAGGUCUUACGUUACACCCAACGCAACUAGCGUUGGCUCUUCGUGGCGCUGCGCUGCUCAAGGUUGGCGGUAUCAUGGUCUAUUCGACGUGUUCGUUCAAUCCUGUCGAGAACGAGGCCGUUGUGGCGGAACUACUGCGUCGUGCUGGUGGAUCCUUGGAGCUGUUGGAUGUUUCGAAGAAAAUGCCGGGUCUUGUGGCGCGUCCUGGUCGAUCGAAGUGGCGUGUGGGCUGGCGCUCCAAGUCCAAGUCGACGCACAAAGGUCAUAUGUUCAAGGAUGACAAGAAGGAUGAAAACCAAAGCCUCCACCAAUGGUUUGAUAGCUACGAAGCACUUACCCAGGACCUGCGUGGUAACCGUGUUACACGAUCGAUGUUCCCUACACAGGGAGCUAUUGCUGAUGAACUACACAAGACACUUCGUCUGAUCCCAACAGACCAGAACUCGGGUGGAUUCUUCAUCGCUGUGCUGCGUAAAGUGGCCGAUCUACCUGGUGAAAAGGGUCUCCAGGAAGGUCUUUUGCCACUGGAAGAACUGGAGGCUACACCACCAUCUGACUACGUCUGCAAGUUGUGUGGCGAGGGAGGUCACUUUCUCAAGAACUGCGAGAAAUAUCUGCCGGAUACGGAGUUUACUGCCUCGAACACGUCGCUGAAGCCACAGAAGAAGAAACGUCGUACGGAGGAGUCAACGAAGAGUGAAGGAGACAAGAAGGAGAAGAAGCGAGAGACGCUCUACCGUCCUGUUAACGACGAUGUCUGGCUGCAACUGCGUGAUUUCUACGGGCUCGAGGAUGAAACUUUAAAGGACCGCUUCUGGUGUCGCUCUGACACUGCAGCCACGGUAAACUACGUGGACAAGGAGAUUUCUGACGCCUGCUUGGGAGGUGAUGCCCUUGAUAUCGUCAAUACGGGUCUCAAGGUCUUCACCAAGGUGACUGAGCGCGGAGAAGUGUUCUACCGUCCGUCGGAGGAGAGUCUCGGCUUCUUUGACGAUUUCUUCACCAAACGGCGACUGGAUAUCCCCAUUACUGACUUCUCCAAUCUCAUCAAGAACGCGGAACAGCACGUUGCAUUCGACACGCUAUCGCCGGACUUGCACAAGACACUCGAAGGUAUGGCCAUUGGCCCUGCGGUUGUCCGCGUUCAGACACAUGAGCAAGUUCGUAUGAAUAUUUGGGUGGGUAAGGGCUCGAUCCUCCCGCGUGUGUCCAAGGCCAUGCGUGGAGAGGUCGAAGAUGCACUCAACCGGUGCUCGGAAAACUAGAUAGACCGCAAAUUUCACGAUUUUUCCCUUGCUGCGAGAGUUCUUGCACGCAUUCCCCUGACAAGGAAAUAGAACGAGUCUCUUUUGCUUGCUACUUCUUCGUCAUCGUUGACGAAGUGUUUUCGCUGGCGUGUGGGGAUUGUCGGCUUACCAGGUAGUUGAUGCACUUGUGCUGGGCCUGGCGUCGCUGGAUUAGGUGCGUCCGAGUUAAGGAUGUUGGUGAAAACUUCCAUGAAGUCUCGCUUGGGGAUACCCAUCAAGCUGCUGUCGUUGUUUUCGAUCCACAUGCCUAGUACAAGCAUGGUAAGCACCACAAGCGCCAAAAUCGCUGCAAUACUAGACAUCAAUUACAGUUAAAAUAAAUAUUUAACCUGCAACAGCAUUCAACUCAC